AUGGGGCCGAGCACGGUUUUAACUAAAGGGGAAGAAGACAUUUUGGAAAAGUGGAUAUUAGCGUUAUCUGAAAGACAUAUUCCACUGACAAAAGAUUCGCUACUAGACAGUGUGCAAAAAAUAAUAAUUGAUCAAAACAGACCAAAUCCUUUUACAAACAAUAGGCCCAGCAAGAAGUGGUUUCAGUCGUUCAUGAAGAGACAUCCAAACUUGACACAAAGAGUGCCAGACAACUUGUCAAGAGCUCGAGAUAAUGUGUCUGAAAAUAACAUCAGGACUUGGUUUACGGAGAUUGAAAGUUAUUUGGAUGAAAAUAACUUUAAAACUAUUUUAAACGACCCACACAGAAUAUUCAACGCAGACGAGACCGCAAAGACACUGGAAAGAGAAAUCCCUGAUGAAGACGAGGCUUUGUAUUUAAUUUGGGCCAAAAACAAAUCUGAAGACGCGUUGUGCCAUUCAAGUUCGGCGGAUGCUCCAACAACGUCAGACACAUUGGAACAGGCGAGGUAUCCGUCAAAUGAUGUAACCACUGCUCAAACGAACGAUGUUGUUGUAACCGAUGAAGCAAUGGUUAUACCAUCAGAUGCCGGUGACUCUGUGCCUACAGAAACUGAAGAAAUGCACUUCAACAGCAUGCGGACGGAAAAUCCACCAAAAGAUAGCAACUCCAAUGACUUAAUAGAAACUUAUUCAGCAGCACAUAUCUCGAAGAAGUCAGUAGAUGAUAACAUUGGCGUGACUCACAGUUUGCCUAUAGCAAAAACAGUCACCACUGAUGAUGAAACAUUUCCAUCUGAGUCCAUAUCAUCAACCAAUUUGCCUAAAGUAAUAGUAGAAUAUCUUCCUCAACAACUAAACUAUAACGUCAGGCAUGAUGCUGUUACCCAACCGCUUCCACCGCCGGAACGUUCUUUACCAACUGAUUUAUCUAAAGAUCCUCUAAUGCAACAACCUAACAAUAGCCCCAAGACUGAUACUGUUACUAACCAACAUGUUUUAAUACCGGAACUUACUUCACCCAUCAGUUCAGCUGAAGUAACAGGAGAUUCUCAAAAGCAACAACCUGAUAAUAACUCCACAGUUAAUACAUUACUCGAUCAAGCACUUCCACCACCGAAUCCUUCAUCUUCAUCUAGUUUCCCUGAAGUAAUAGGAAAUAACCUAUCUCAACAAUCUAUCAUUAGUACUAUGGAACCGCAGUACACAACACCACAAAAGUCUUUGGAAAAAGUUUUGGGAGUGAUUGUCCCAUCUCCUUUUAAGAGGAGUUUGUUUUGGCCGGAAAAUUGGAUGGAUAGUAAUAAGAAGAGAAUGAAACGAGAGAAAAUUCCGUCAACAGUAACUAGUAAAGCUUGGAAAGAAUAUCACGAGAAAAAGGAAACUGAGAAAAAUAAAAAACAGCAAGAAAAAGACGAAAGAGCUAGACAGAGAAUAGAAAAAAAGAAAUUAAAAGAACAGUUAACCAAUGAAAAGAACAAUAAAAGCAAGAUUAAGAAAACUAAGAAAACUUUUCAAGAAGAUUCGACUUCAGAAGAGUCAGAUGUGGAGAUUUCAUACGCUGAAAGUGAUAUUAGUUAUAAUUUCGAAGAUGACGAAGAGAAACAACCAGAAAGAGAAAAAAUAACAAAAACAAAGAAUGAAAUAGACUGUGAUUCUAUAGACUCGGAUUUAGAAAAUUUGCCCUUAAGUAAAAUUGCAUCUUCAAAUGCAACUAAACCAAAUAAAAACAGGAAGUUUUCGAUAGGAAAUUUCGUAAUAAUUAAGUAUGAAGGGGAGUAUUUGCCUGGUAAGAUAGAAAGCUUGAGAAAGAACGAGUACGAAAUAAGUACAAUGACAUUGACUACUGGAAAUUCUUUUAAAUGGCCUAACCCGCCCGAUAAAAUUUUCUAUAAGCCCAAGGAAAUAAUGGAAGUGAUAAGGGAACCUAUAUGUUUAAACAAGAGAGGGUUUUAUAGAAUUCCAGAAAUGGAUAAAUAUUUGCCAAAUAUGUAUGGCUUUUAA